UUUUUCAUUUCAUUUUAUGCUGUUCUAUGGAUCAACUUGAUCAGAAACUUCUGGAUCUUAUUCUCAGCUAGUGAAAUUCCUCUGUGUAUCAUAAUGGAAUUGAAGUGGCCAGAUAUUUUCCUGGUAGCAACAUGCGCUUUAGGCACUAUCACCCUUUUCAAAGCUCUGAUCUCUUUUGUAAAAUGGGUGUGGAUUAUGUUUCUGAGGCCACCCAAGAAUCUUAAAACCUACGGCUCAUGGGCAAUCAUUACUGGUUCCACCGAUGGAAUUGGGAAAGCUCUUUCCUUGGAAUUGGCUUCUAAGGGGCUCAACAUCCUUCUGGUUGGUCGAAACCCUCAGAAGCUCGAAACCACAAUGAAGGAGAUAAGAGACAAAUAUGGUGACCAAGUCGAAGCGAAGCUUGCAGUGAUGGACUUUGAGAACGUUAAUGGAGAAGAAAUAGUGAAGAAGAUGGAGGAAGCAAUGGAGGGUUUAGACAACGUGGGUAUUCUGAUAAACAACGCCGGCAUGGGAGAACCUUAUCCUAGGUUCUUUCAUGAGAAUGAUCCUCAGAUUAUUGAUGCUGUCGUGAAAGUGAACCUGGAGGGACCCACUUGGAUGACCAAGGCUGUGAUUUCAAAAAUGAUCAAGAACAAGAAAGGAGCCAUCGUCAACAUUGGAUCCGCUUCCGCUUCUGUAGUUCCUUCCUUUCCCCUCCACACCACUUAUUCUGCCACAAAAGCGUAUGUUGCGAUGUUGUCGAAAUGCAUGAAUUUGGAGUACGAAAAGCAAGGAAUUGAUAUCCAGUGUCAGGUACCACUGUAUGUGGCAACGAAGAUGACGAAGAUGAAGCCGUCUCUGUUAGUUCCAUCUGCAGAAGUGUACAGCAAAGCAAGCAGUGCAUGUAUUGGGUACGAGAGAGAGUGUGUACCUAAUUUGGUUCAUUCUCUGCAGAGACUUUUCGUUCGAGAAGUACUUCCUCAUGCCUUCUGCGAUUGGUUUAUCAUGCGUGAUUUUCUUGCCCUACGCAAACAAACCCUACCUAAGGAUUCCAAUGCUUUAUGAUUGUAAAAGUAGAGUGUGUGGUUUUUGGUUAGUUUAGAUCUUAAUUAUCUAAUUCUGUACUUUUGAGUUUGUCUAAUUUUGUCAUCUGUUGUAAUUCUAUAUGAAUGUAUGGGAACCAAGAGCUGCCCUUA